CGUAUAUAUUUAGUUUUUCGAGAACUUGCAACCGAAGUGAAUCGAAAUUUUACAUAGAACCGCUGCUUCGAACGUUGUCGCUCGCGUAGUAUAUCAUAUAGCCAAGCUGAGACAGAGUAGUGAUCAAAAAAAAGUUAAAAUUGUUUCUUUCUGUGGUUUGUCUUAGUUGAAAUAAAAGAUCAAAAAAGAAGAAAAAAUAUUGUGGAAAGAAUUAAAAACACACAAGACUAUUGUAUUUGAUUGCUAGUCAUGUGAAAAUAUCAUUCUGGUUGAACGUGGGUAACAUGAAAUUUACUUGAAAAUUGAAUUUAAAAUCCAUUCUUUCUGAUCGGGGUAACAUAAAAAAUCUAUUGUGUUUGAAGCUGUGAUUUUUCGCUUGUUUUUUUAUUUAUUUUCGAAACAUAUACAUGCACAUAACAGAGGUUUACCCAUGUUAAAUAAAUGAAAUUACAGAAGAAAAAAUAGAAUGGUGUAAUGUGUCAGUUUUUAGUUAAUUCAUAAUUUGUGCACAGAAAUUUUUUGCUGAUUUAUUAGUAAAAGAUACGACACACAGUGUUUCACACAACCACACACACAAGAGAGACGGUUCGUUCAUUUCGGAUUAAACAUUACCUGUUACGAGAGGACAAAACUACAAUCAAGUCCAUUCAUUAAAUCAUCACGCAACCGGUGUUCAACUGUUCAAACCAUGAAAAUUACAAUUCUGCGCAUUCACUGAUCGAUUAUCUCCAGAACCGCUGAUUGUAAAGUUAAAUCUGUCGCGUUGAACAUUACCGAUCUACAACAACAGCAAAAACAACAACAUCAAAAAUAUGCCAUCUGGAACCGAAUCGACACCAACGUCACCCAAUGCAACGUCCGCCGAUGCCGACCGCAAUUUGGACAAUAUCAAUUCUAGUGAACCAUCAUUAACUCGUACGACAUCACACGAUCCGACAGCAUAUGUUCAGAGGGCCAGAGUAACACGAGCUGCUCCUCCGAAACCAGCAUGUAAUCCACUACAAUUCAUUCAAAUCAAACCAUGCAAUUUAUAUCAAAGCGCGCAGGAACAACUUAAACGAGCCGAAGAGGUGAAAAAAGUAAAGGAAACAAAAAAGGAAGAGCCAGAGGAUUGGCAAAGUAAUUUGGAUAACUGGAAAUCAUGCAGACGAAAACGAGUCGAGCACAUAAUCGACAGGGUUGUCGAAGUGAAAAAACUUGAACUGGAAGAACACGACAGAGCUCGCAAAAAGUCAAAAACAUUUUCGGAAAUGAUGGAAGACAGGAACACUAAAGGUCGCAAGGUAUCUUUAGCUGUAUACGUCGACGAUGAAGCUAAUGAUUUGAGUGACCUUGGUAUCGGUACCAGUACAGCAAGUGGUAAAAGCAGUUUAUCGGAAGACUUUGACAAUAACAGCGUGUUGAGCGAUAACCCAGACAAUGAAAAAACCACCUUUGAUAUCGAUCAUCAAAACAACGACAAUGGCACGCGUGAAUAUGUGUCCAGUCCGGGCUACGAUACAUCCAGUACUCAUCCACCAAGUUCGCCGGAUCUUUGUGAAUACACGUACGAAGGUGCUAUCCAAGACUACAAAUCACGAGUGUCACGGGCCCAAAAGAGCGGCUUUACUACUCAUUGCUAUCCGGACUCUUAUCCGAAAGAGUCGAAUGGUCAAGCGCCCCGCAAACAAACAUCGGCAGAAAUCGAGAAUCGUCUGAGCAGUUUUGAAGGGCGACCUUCGAAUGACGUAGAGAAAAAUGACAGCUUGGUGAAGGACGAUUUGCCGAAAGUUGAUAUUGCUAGACGUCGAGAACUGUUCGAAAAAGAAAAAAAUACGCCGGAGAAACGUCUCGACACCGAAAAAAUGAUCAACAAUUUGGUCAGCGAUUUCUCACAAGCCUUGAGCAUCAAAGAACGACUAAUGACCUUGGAAAGUCGUAAUGAUUCAUCGGAAUCUUCAAGCGCGAAAACUGACUGCUUGAAUUCCGAAUUGGGACGCGUUAAAGAUAUUCUGCUCGAUAUUGAAAAUGGAUCAAUCAGUCAGCAUGUUCAACCGGAAAGGAAUGCUCCGAUUGAUGUGCCGGUCACAUCAUUAAAGGAUCGUUUGUCCACGUUGCAGGAAACGGUUCCCACUAAUACUGAGAAAACGGUUCAAUUGAACAACUUAGCGAGCUCUACCGAAAUAACUUCGAGCACCGAUCAAAUCAUAAAUCAAGUUAUCACGACUACGAAUGAAAAUAUCAACAACAACCAUGCCGUAGAGACAGUGGAAGAGAUUUCAAACAAAAUAGAAGAUCCCCAAGCAACGGAAGAAUUUCUGGCAAACCAAAACUUCGUCGACCAACCACCAUUUCCGGAUGUCGUCCAAGAGCAACCGAAUAGAUUGUUAAGUACAAUAAAUGCAGCUAUUCAGCUGGUAGAGGAUCAACCAGAGGAUGUUGUUAAACGGGAUGCUAGCGUUCUAGAAGCGCUGGAACUUGCGUUCAAUGCAAUCGAUAGUGAAUCUCACCAUGAAUCAUAUGCACGAACGACAGACGUAACAACAUUCGAACACAUCUACGAGAAUAUCAAUGAAAUUGAUAUCGAAAUCAAUGAUCAAUUAACCCAAGCGAUGGAUGACGAACCACACUAUCAAAUACCGAAACCUGUCGAACCAUACUAUCAAGUACCGAAAUCUAAGCCCGAAUCUCUUUACGAAAAUGUGGCAAUCGUUUUGUCGGCCAACAAGAGCGUAUUCGAUGGUAAUGCCAAAGAUGAAUACUCCAUAUCGAUGAGACAGAAAUUGGAGCCGCCGAAGGAGAAGCCACCUCCGCCACCGAUCGAAGAUGAUGGUGAAAUUGGUGAUUGCGAGGACGACGAAACAAUUGAUCAGUCAAUGAAACGGAAUAAUUCGACCAGAAGAAUUAAGAAAGAAAUUCGCAGCAAACGGAGUAGUUUUCUCGGUAUCGAAGGUUCCAAAGAAGACGAAAUGGAAUCACUGUUGGCUCUGAAUCCCAAUUUCGAAGAUCAGCGGCUGCGAAAACAGAGCUACAUAAAGGCCGGCCUUUACAGUAACUCGGAUACGAGCGAAAGUCGGGAUUCGGGAGUGUCGGAGAAUCAUUCACGCCAAAGCAGCGAGGAAUACGAAGACAUAGUGACCAAGAAAGACGAAAAUGAAGUCGAAACGGGGGAAGGCUGGUCAAAAGCGAAUUCGCAUAGUUAUUCCGUCCACACCAGUCCGAACGGCAAAGAAUUUUUAGACCCGAACAACAUUAGCGAAGAGGUCCAGGUGAGGUACUUAGAAGGACAGAUUCGGGAACAAGAAGAAGUAUUACGCGUUGAAAAGGAAUUGCUUCAAAUUGAGCAAGAAGAGCUAAAACGCCAGCGUGAAAAUCUACUGUUCCGCAGAAAUCUUACCAGACGUGAAUUGCAAAAGGGUGAAAAGAACUCGAAUCCGAAUCCCAAUCGACAAUCAUUGGAUAACAUACACUACACAUCCAACUAUUACGUGGAGUAUCCUGUGCAGUUGGUAGAUUACCGUCAAUCAAUGCCCAAUUUGAACGUAGAAAUGUUGCCAAUUGAUAAUAAUACCGCAAUUGACACACAGGUCGUCUCGGCUGUUCCACCGGCUAAACCAAUGCGUGCUAAUCAAGCUCAAUAUGUCAACAAAAGACAGGAGAAUCGAGAUCCAUACGGAUUUGUUCCGCAUAAUCGCAGCCACUUUGUGCCACCCGAAAUGAGUGACGAUCUGCGAAAGUCCCAAACUAUCAAUGAAAGUGUCCACAUGCGGAAUGCUCCGACACCAAAUGGAAAUAUGACGAGAAACACGAUACAUGCAUUGAGUGCCGUUCCUAAGCCAAAGUUGCGUGACGGCUGGGUGCAAAGUAAGAAUUUGCAAAAUCGCCGGAAGACAACAUCGGACUACGUCAACACCACCGAACAUCUGCACCGCUACAACGAUCACAAGAAUCGGGAAAAUUUCAAUUACAAUGCUCACUGGUUGAUUCAGGAGGCGGAACAGCGACGAAUCGAUCAACAACGGGGUGUACGACCAACAACUACACCAUGGCAACGUAACAAUAUUUUGCGCCAGGGUUCCAACGACGAUAAGCCGUUGCCCGAUGCCGUUAUAAAAACACUGACGCAGCGAGUCCAAAGCAAAGGUCUCGGUGAGCGGAAGAGAAACUCACUUCCAGCCAACAUAUCGCAGCAAAGACAUUUUGCCAAAUCGCAUGAUGAGCCGUUGAGUAUUAGUGGAAAGAAGAAAUGCUCCUACUGCAACGAAGAGCUAGGCCGAGGAGCAGCCAUGAUCAUUGAAAGUUUGUUGCUGUUCUACCAUUUAAAUUGCUUCAAAUGCUUCGUGUGUCGCAUACAGUUGGGUGACGGUGUGGCUGGAGCCGAUGUUCGAGUUCGUAAUUAUAAACUUCAUUGUCAGAACUGCUUUUCCAGUGACGAUGGAAUCAAAUUUAGUUGCGUUUAAUUUCGAUUUUGUUCUCUUGAAUUUCGUUUUUCUUUAAUUUAAAAUGGUGGAAAUAGUUAAACAAAGAAAAGUUUUUAUGUUUAAAAGUUAAGUUUAUCGAUUAAAACUAAUUGGCUUCUGAUUGAACCGAUAAAAUGGAAUUGUACAGGACCGAGAGACAUAUAGAUAUAUAUAUAUUACAGACACAAAAGCAAAAUGGAGUUUAUUAUUCUUACGUUAAAUAUUGUACUUUGAUCGUUGUGUGAUAUUCUAGUUAACAUUUUUGAUUUUAAAAUAAAGAAUAACUUAUAUAUGGACCACA